UGUCGCUGUGUGAGCCGCAGUCUCUGGAGCGCUAAGGUGUUUCGGUCGCCUGUGGCCAACCUCGCCCCAAAACCUGGUGUUGUUGGGCUGCAUCCGGAGCGGGGACGUUGGCGGAGCACCGGACGCGGCCACCAUGCCGAUCAAUAAAUCGGAGAAGCCGGAAAGCUGUGAUAACGUGAAGGUGGUUGUUAGGUGCCGGCCUCUCAACGAGAGAGAGAAAGCCAUGUGCUAUAGACAGGCCGUCAGCGUGGAUGAGAUGAGGGGGACUAUCACAGUCCAUAAGACCGACUCCUCCAACGAACCUCCAAAGACAUUUACUUUCGAUACUGUGUUUGGACCAGAAAGUAAACAACUUGAUGUGUAUAACUUAACUGCAAGACCAAUUAUUGAUUCUGUUCUGGAAGGCUACAAUGGUACCAUCUUUGCAUAUGGACAGACUGGGACAGGCAAGACUUUCACCAUGGAAGGUGUCCGCGCAGUGCCAGGGCUCAGAGGGGUUAUCCCCAACUCAUUUGCUCACAUAUUCGGUCACAUCGCAAAGGCAGAGGGCGACACAAGGUUUUUGGUUCGUGUGUCAUACUUGGAGAUAUAUAAUGAGGAAGUUCGAGACCUUUUGGGCAAAGAUCAGACACAGAGGUUGGAGGUUAAAGAAAGGCCUGACGUGGGAGUAUAUAUCAAAGAUUUAUCAGCGUAUGUAGUCAACAACGCUGACGACAUGGAUCGAAUCAUGACUCUAGGCCACAAAAACCGUUCUGUUGGUGCGACUAAUAUGAACGAGCACAGCUCCCGAUCCCACGCCAUCUUUACAAUCACUAUAGAGUGCAGCGAGAAAGGUGUGGAUGGAAACAUGCACGUCAGGAUGGGGAAGCUCCACCUUGUAGAUCUUGCUGGGUCAGAAAGACAAGCAAAAACUGGGGCCACAGGACAGCGCCUCAAGGAAGCUACCAAAAUCAACCUUUCAUUGUCCACCCUGGGCAACGUCAUUUCUGCCUUGGUGGAUGGAAAAAGCACUCAUGUGCCGUAUCGGAACUCUAAACUGACCCGUCUCCUGCAGGAUUCCUUAGGAGGGAACUCAAAAACCAUGAUGUGUGCAAAUAUUGGGCCAGCAGAUUAUAAUUAUGAUGAAACCAUCAGUACCUUGCGGUAUGCCAACCGCGCCAAGAACAUUAAAAACAAAGCUAGAAUUAAUGAAGACCCGAAGGAUGCUCUGCUUCGCCAAUUUCAGAAAGAAAUAGAAGAGCUGAAGAAAAAGCUUGAGGAAGGGGAAGAAGUGUCAGGCUCUGACGUCAGUGGGUCAGAGGAGGAUGACGAGGAGGGUGAACUUGGAGAAGAUGGAGAAAAAAGGAAAAAGAGAAGGGGUAAAAAGAAAGUUUCCCCAGAUAAGAUGGUGGAAAUGCAAGCGAAAAUUGAUGAGGAGAGAAAAGCACUGGAAACCAAACUCGACAUGGAAGAAGAAGAAAGGAACAAGGCUCGAGCUGAGCUAGAGAGACGGGAGAAGGACCUUCUGAAAGCCCAACAAGAACAUCAGUCUCUGCUGGAAAAACUGUCUGCUUUGGAGAAGAAGGUAAUUGUCGGUGGUGUGGACUUGUUGGCCAAGGCUGAGGAGCAAGAGAAGCUUCUUGAGGAGUCCAAUAUGGAGCUGGAGGAGCGGAGGAGGAGAGCUGAGCAGCUUCGGAAAGAACUAGAGGAAAAAGAGCAAGAACGCUUGGACAUCGAGGAAAAAUACACCAGUCUGCAAGAGGAGGCACAAGGAAAGACGAAGAAAUUAAAGAAAGUCUGGACCAUGCUGAUGGCUGCAAAGUCAGAGAUGGCUGAUCUCCAGCAAGAGCAUCAGAGGGAAAUUGAAGGCCUCCUGGAGAACAUUCGGCAGCUCAGCCGUGAGCUGCGGCUGCAGAUGCUCAUCAUUGAUAACUUCAUACCUCAGGAUUACCAGGAAAUGAUUGAAAACUAUGUCCACUGGAAUGAAGACAUAGGAGAAUGGCAGCUAAAAUGUGUGGCCUACACAGGAAAUAACAUGAGGAAACAAACUCCAGUCCCUGACAAGAAGGAGAGAGACCCAUUUGAAGUAGACCUUUCCCAUGUGUACCUCGCCUAUACAGAGGAGAGUCUUCGUCAGUCUCUGAUGAAGUUAGAAAGGCCACGGACCUCCAAGGGGAAAGCAAGGCCAAAGACAGGGAGAAGAAAGCGUUCUGCAAAGCCUGAGACCGUAAUUGAUUCUUUACUUCAGUAAAUGUUACAGAAUUAAAAUUACAAUAAUAAAAAAGAGUGAUAUCUCA